AUGGCUGAAGCACAGGCUAUGAUACAAGCAGUACAGCAGGCUGCCAAUGCCGCAGCAGAAGCGGCACAAGCACUGCGUGCCGUGGGGAAGGGCAAUGUCGUGGGCCAGAUCGCAGCCAUCCUAAGCGUCUUGAGCCUGCACCAAGUUCAAGGUUGUCAUCUUGAUGAUGGUGACAACACUGAUGAACCUUCCCUUAGCUUGGUGAUUUUCUCCUUGAUGCUGGGAUUUGCAGUUCUUGCGCUUUACAAGUUGUUCUGGGUGAUGCAGCCACAGCCACAGCUGCAACCCCUUGAUGUGGCAGAACCAGAUGCUGAGCCAGCUAUGGCGUAUGCAGACCCGGUUUCAGAAGAUAUACAAGAGCCCAAUACAAUGGACGAUGACACUACAGUUUCCUUGCGUGCCAUUCCUGAUGAUGCCACGCAUCAACUUUCUUUUGCGGUCCCAAGAAGCUCCACUGAUAUGCCAACACCAGAGGGGUUUGUCCAGUGGCUGAUCAUGCGAUGCAAUCGACGUCUUGAGAAUCCCAACUUGGAUGUUUCAAAAAGAAGCACAUACGUGGAACGCAUUGCAGUUCUUCGAGCACUACAAGCUGCUUUGGAAAACCCGCUCUUCAGAGCAUCAGCCAUGCGUAACAUGGCAGAAAUGGUUGAUAUCAGUGAUGAUGAAGAGUCUCCCAGCUACAGAGGCAAUGAAACAGUUUCUUUGGGAGAUGCUCAGAGGGCCCACAACUUUUUCAUGAUGUUGCGUGGACGUUCUGGAAGUAGGCAUGUGGACUCAGUUGCAGAUGCCCUCAUGAGAAAUGAAGAUCAUGGAGAAGAGGAAGAUUCUGAUGAACGUAUGGAGACAGAAUCUGAGGUUAACAGAAGAUAUUACUCUUCCACCCAGGAUCAAGUUUCAGAUCCAGAUCUCUGGGCACAUCUGCACUAUACGGAGUUCAUCGGUCCAUACGAUGAAUGA